AAUCUAAGGUGAUUCAAAUACUUGUUUGUAGUGCAAAUAAAUUAUAAUUUUUAAGAUGUUGAUUGGUAUUUAACACAGAUUGAUUAACAUAUUUACAGCUUACUGAAGGGUUUCCAUGCAUUGAGCGGUGUGAGAGUGUUCAUAUUUGCAGUGCUUUUUAUUGUGGUUCGCGUAUUGAUUUUAGACACAAUUCACACAUCAAAUAUAUCUUUGACAUACCCAACAUAUAUAUGAGGAACCCACGGUAAAAACAAUGCACACUCAAGGACAGGGUCAACAGACGCAGCAGCACUCUUCGCCACAUUCCCUACUGCAGCAACAAAAUCAUCUACCCAACAACAACAAUGCAGUUGGAAAGCCCAACGAUCACCCACCACUCGCAUCUGUCGGAUUAUUGGAGUUGGCGCAUCGGGAAUACCAAGCUGUAGACUAUGAGAACGCAGAGAAGCAUUGCAUGCAAUUAUGGCGGCAGGAUAGCACCAAUACAGGAGUCCUAUUGCUGCUGUCCUCAAUUCACUUUCAAUGCAGGCGGCUGGAUAAAUCAGCGCAAUUCUCAACACUGGCCAUCAAACAAAACCCGGUGCUUGCAGAAGCUUACAGCAACCUGGGAAAUGUUUACAAGGAACGAGGACUCUUGCAAGAGGCUUUAGACAACUAUCGCAGAGCUGUACGCUUGAAGCCCGACUUUAUCGAUGGAUAUAUAAAUUUGGCUGCUGCAUUGGUAGCUGCACGUGAUAUGGAGGCUGCCGUUCAAGCUUAUAUAACCGCAUUGCAAUAUAAUCCCGACUUGUACUGUGUGCGCAGCGAUUUGGGUAACCUGCUGAAGGCUUUAGGUCGCUUGGAAGAAGCCAAAGCCUGUUAUUUGAAGGCGAUUGAAACCUGUCCAGGAUUUGCAGUGGCAUGGAGCAAUUUGGGCUGUGUUUUCAAUGCACAAGGAGAGAUUUGGCUGGCAAUUCAUCACUUUGAAAAGGCCGUCACACUUGAUCCCAAUUUCUUGGACGCGUACAUCAACUUGGGCAAUGUGCUUAAGGAAGCCAGAAUAUUUGACAGAGCUGUAGCUGCCUAUUUGCGGGCAUUAAAUCUAUCGCCGAAUAAUGCUGUUGUCCAUGGAAAUCUGGCGUGCGUUUAUUAUGAGCAAGGACUCAUUGAUUUGGCCAUUGACACAUACAGGCGGGCAAUUGAAUUACAGCCGAACUUCCCCGACGCAUAUUGCAAUCUGGCAAAUGCCCUCAAGGAAAAGGGACAGGUCAAGGAAGCUGAAGAUUGCUAUAAUACGGCACUGCGAUUGUGCUCAAAUCAUGCCGACUCUCUCAACAAUUUAGCAAAUAUAAAACGAGAACAGGGAUUCAUCGAGGAGGCCACGCGACUCUAUUUGAAAGCCCUCGAAGUCUUUCCAGAUUUUGCUGCUGCCCAUUCAAAUUUGGCCUCUGUGCUCCAGCAACAGGGCAAACUGAAAGAAGCUCUAAUGCAUUAUAAGGAGGCAAUCCGGAUUCAGCCAACAUUCGCUGACGCCUAUUCGAAUAUGGGCAACACUCUGAAGGAAUUGCAGGAUGUCAGUGGCGCCCUACAAUGUUAUACUCGGGCGAUUCAAAUUAAUCCAGCAUUUGCCGAUGCCCAUAGCAAUUUGGCGAGCAUACAUAAGGACUCGGGGAAUAUACCCGAAGCGAUUCUAUCUUAUCGUACAGCCCUCAAGCUGAAACCAGACUUUCCCGAUGCGUAUUGCAAUUUGGCCCAUUGCCUGCAGAUCGUUUGCGAUUGGACGGAUUACGAUGUGCGCAUGAAGAAAUUGGUUAGCAUCGUUGCCGAGCAGCUGGAAAAGAAUCGUUUGCCAUCGGUGCAUCCACAUCACUCAAUGCUCUAUCCAUUGACGCACGAGUACCGCAGGGCCAUAGCCGCGAGGCAUGCGAAUUUGUGUUUGGAGAAGGUGCACGUCCUGCACAAGCAGGCGUUCAGUUUCCAACGGGAACUGGCCAAGGACGGACGAUUACGUAUUGGAUACUUGAGCUCCGAUUUCGGCAAUCAUCCUACCUCACAUCUGAUGCAAUCGAUACCCGGCUUGCACGAUCGCCUAAAGGUCGAGAUAUUCUGUUAUGCCCUCAGUCCGGAUGAUGGUACGGCUUUCCGUCAGAAGAUCAGCCGUGAAGCUGAGCAUUUUGUGGAUCUCUCUUUGAUCCCAUGCAAUGGCAAAGCAGCCGAUCAGAUCUACAAUGAUGGCAUACACAUUUUAGUUAAUAUGAACGGAUAUACCAAGGGAGCAAGAAAUGAAAUCUUUGCCCUACGACCGGCUCCGAUCCAGGUGAUGUGGCUGGGCUAUCCGGGUACGAGUGGGGCAAGUUUCAUGGAUUAUAUUAUCACUGAUGCCGUCACGAGUCCCAUGGAAUUGGCCUAUCAGUACAGCGAGAAGCUAUCUUAUAUGCCUUACACAUAUUUCAUUGGUGAUCACAAGCAAAUGUUUCCGCAUCUCAAAGAGCGCCUAAUUCUGUGCGACAAACAGCAAUCCUCGGUGGUGGAUAAUGUUGCGGUCAUAAAUGCCACAGACCUAUCGCCACUGGUGGAGAGCACCGAUGUGAAAGAGAUCAAGGAGGUCAUCAAUGCAAAUAAGCCGGUGGAGAUUACACACAAAGUGGCCGAGUUGCCAAGCACCACACAGAUUGCGUCCAUGAUUGCCACGGGACAGGUGCAGACAUCCCUGAAUGGUGUCGUCGUCCAAAAUGGACUUGCAACAACACAGACAAAUAAUAAGGCAGCAACGGGCGAAGAGGUGCCCCAAAAUAUUGUUAUAACCACACGUCGUCAAUACAUGUUACCUGAUGACGCCAUCGUUUACUGCAACUUUAAUCAGCUCUAUAAAAUCGAUCCCCAAACACUGCAAUCCUGGGUAAUCAUUUUAAAAAAUGUACCCAAAUCCGUUUUGUGGCUUCUACGUUUUCCAGCGGUUGGCGAGCAAAAUAUCAAAAAAUCUGUCAGCGAUCUGGGCAUUUCGGCGGAUAGAAUAAUAUUUUCGAACGUAGCUGCAAAGGAAGAACACGUGCGCCGUGGCCAAUUGGCCGAUAUUUGCCUGGACACUCCACUGUGUAAUGGUCACACGACAUCAAUGGACGUCUUGUGGACGGGAACUCCAGUUGUUACCCUGCCCGGAGAAACAUUAGCUUCCAGAGUUGCUGCAUCACAAUUAGCCACACUCGGAUGUCCGGAGUUGAUAGCACACAGCAGAGAGUCAUAUCAGGAGAUUGCUAUUCGACUGGGCACAGAGCGGGAAUACUUAAAAGCCUUGAGGGCCAAGGUGUGGAAAGCACGCGUCGAUAGUCCAUUGUUUGAUUGUUCACAAUAUGCCAAAGGCUUAGAGAAUCUGUUCUUGCGGAUGUGGGAGAGAUUCCAUCGGAGCGAGGAACCCGAUCACAUUUCGGCAGAAUAGUUGGAAAAAAAAGACUAAGAGAGCUCUAUAGUGCACCGACUAGAGAGAAGGAACAGGAACAGGAGGCGGGGGAUAAUGUAUUUUAUUUAGUUUGAUUUUUCUUUGACAUAUACAUAUAUAAAUAUAUAUGCAUGUUUCUUAAAUACCUAAAUAAAUAGUUCUGUAUAAGAAACAAGUGAAGUUUAA